GACAGAGUGAAGGGGGAAAAGCAGAGUUAGACGCCGGACAAAAGAACUUAUAGAGCCCCUUAUAUCCAUAUUUCCAUGCGUGGUGCAUGAGGGCGCGCGCAUGGAGUAGUCAUGGAAGCCCCUUUGAGCAAGAGGAACCCCGCGUUAAGAUUAGCGGAUUUGGCAGCGACUCAAGUCCUUCCUCACCAGAACAUGACAGGCUUCCCGGGGCUAGGGGGGCAUCACCCGCUCUCCCACCAUGCCCACCUCCACCCUGGGGAGCUGGCCAACGACCCCGGCGUAGCUCUCACUCCUUUCGGACCCGAGCACAUGGCACAGACCAGUGCUCUCAAACUUAGCCCCUCGCAACACAUCCAGAGUCACCACGAAGCGCAGACCGCGGCGGCGGCGGCGGCGGCUGCUGCGGCUGCGGCGGCGAGCGCUGCCUCCUUCGCUCCGACUCAGAGUUUCCCCGUGGCCCACCACUCCCACCCGGGCUACUCGAGCAGCAGGGACUUGAUCCUCAGGAGAGAACUCUCAGCCUCCGCCAUGCACGCGCUCGGCGACCAAUCCGCCGCCUCCCCCCAUCACCACCACCAUCACCACCACGGCGUGUUCAUCUCGCCAACAGGUGCGUACGGCCACGCGGAAAGCGGGGCCCACUCUCUCUUUCCGGGGCUUCACGAGCAAGCCUCCCCGGGCGCGCACACGCACCACCACGCCCUCAACGGGCAGAUGCGCCUGGGUCUACCCGGGGACCUCUACGGUCGCUCGGAGCACUUCGGGGCCCGGCCGGAUCACUACGGAGCCUCCACGCUGCACGGCUACAACAACGUCAACGCUGCCCACGGACCCGCGGGGGCCUUCUUGCGCUACAUGCGGCAGCCUAUCAAACAGGAGCUCAUCUGCAAGUGGAUCGAGCCGGAGCUGCAGAGUCCUAAAAAGCCUUGCUCCAAGACCUACAGCACCAUGCACGAGCUGGUCAACCACGUCACGGUGGAGCACGUCGGCGGGCCCGAGCAGAGCUCCCACGUCUGCUUCUGGGAGGAAUGCCCACGGGAAGGCAAAGCGUUCAAGGCCAAGUAUAAACUUAUCAACCACAUCCGAGUGCACACCGGGGAGAAACCCUUCCCGUGUCCCUUCCCGGGCUGUGGGAAAGUGUUUGCCCGCUCUGAGAACUUGAAAAUCCACAAGAGGACACACACAGGCGAGAAGCCCUUCAAGUGCGAGUUUGAAGGCUGUGACCGGAAGUUCGCCAACAGCAGCGACCGGAAGAAGCACUCCCACGUGCACACGUCCGAUAAACCCUACUACUGCAAGGUGCGCGGCUGCGACAAGUCCUACACGCACCCGAGUUCCCUACGUAAACACAUGAAGGUGCACUGCAAGAGUCCCCCGCCGACCGGCAACAACACCACCGCCUACAUCACCUCCAGCAACCCGCUCGGGGUCCCCCUCUCCCCGCAGCGGAACCGCUCGGCGAGCCUGUCCCCGCAGGUGACCAACCUGAACGAGUGGUACGUGUGUCAAGGCAGCGGAGGUGGGGUGCAUCAUCAACAGCCGCAGCACGACCUGCACUCCCCCUCCAGUGACGUGCCCACCUCAGAGUCUGAAGAUGACGAAACGUUUAGAGACUCGGACCCCAGGACGAUGCUAUGAUUGACAUCUACGGAGGGGAAAAAACAAACACUUCAAAUAUUAAUGCACUCAAUCAAAGUGGAUGCAGUUCGAGAACCAGCUCUGUUCAUAUGAACAGUUUUUACGUUAAAAUUUGAUGUAAAAAUGAGAGCAAUAUUCAAAUUCCAUCACAUUUAAGUGUCCUCUUGUCCAUUUUGUGCAGGGGUGGGCUAAUAUUUAACUAACAGGGUCUUAAAAACAAACAUAAUCAUACAAAUCAUAAUAAAGUAACAGAAUCAUGCUAAAUGCAGAGAGACAGCGAGAACUAAGUGGUAUUUGGUAUGUGGCAAAAUGGAUUUUGGCAUGUGGCAUUUUUUUUUUUUUUUUGUAUGUGGUGAAAUAGAUUUUGGCAUGUGGCAUUUUUUUGGUGCGUGGCAAAAUGGAUUUUGGCAUGUGGCAUUUUUUUGCCAUGUGGCUUUUUUUUUUUUUUUGGU